AUGACAAAGGCCGUGUACUACAAGCUGUGGGCAUCCACCGCAGCGUGGACCCAGAGAAGUAACUAUGGCUGGUACCAGGUGUGGUCGCGCAUGGCCCCUUGGGGCGUCUUUGUCGCUGCCCCGACAGCUGCUUGGUACAGCUUCGGCUGGUGGAGCGACGAGUGGAAGAAGGUCUUGACACUGGGCAUCUAUGAGCCCCCUGCCAUUCACUGGGACUACUGCAUGAACAAUCGCUCCGAUUUCGUGAAGUUCCAUGCGCAGUACCCGGGCAUCCCCUACAAGUGA